AUGGCGAGAGGAGCGGGCGCGGAGCAGUCAGCGUCCGGUUCACCGUCAGUCAGGCCGGUAAACACCGAGGUCAGACUGACCGAGUCGAAGAAACGUCUGUCUCUGUGCAGCAAGCUGUGCUAUGCCAUCGGUGGCGCCCCCUACCAGAUAACGGGCAGCGCUUUGGGUUUCUUUCUCCAGAGCUACCUGCUGGAUGUGGCCCAGCUGGAUCCCUUCUCUGCCUCCAUCAUUCUGUUUGUGGGUCGGGCCUGGGACGGAGUCACAGACCCGACAGUGGGUUUCCUGCUCAGCCGAACCAAGUGGACUCCAGUCGGCCGGAUGAUGCCGUGGAUCCUUCUGUCCACUCCGUUUGCGGUGGUGACUUACUUUCUUGUUUGGUACGUGCCCCUGGUGGAGCAGGGGAAGUGGGCCUGGUACCUGGUCUUUUACUGCCUGUUCCAGUCACUGCAGACGUGCUUCCAUGUGCCGUAUUCAGCCCUCACCAUGUUCAUCAGCAGCAAGCCGACAGAGCGGGACUCGGCCACGGCGUACCGUAUGAUGGUGGAAGUCCUGGGCAUGGUGCUGGGUACCGCCAUCCAGGGACAGAUCGUGGGCGGAGCCACCACUCCGUGUCCAUCGAACGUCUCUGACAGGACAAACGUCUCUACAGCCGCGGUCAACAUGUCCAGCAUGUCCCUGAAUGAGACGAAAAAAGCUUACAUGAUCGCCUCGGGGGUCAUCUGUGCCAUCUACGUCCUCUGUGCCGCCAUCUUGUUUAUUGGCGUGAAAGAGCAAAAAGCUAAAAGCGCGCGCGGUAAAGACAACUUCUACUUUAAAUAGGAAGUGCAUCAAGCGAUCUGGAUGGUGAUGAGUCACGAACCCUACGUCAAGCUUGUCAUGAGCUUCCUCUUCACGUCUCUUGGCUUCAUGCUGUUGGAGGGUAACUUUGUCCUGUUCCUCACCUACGCCCUCGGCCACAGGGAGGACUUCCAGAAUCUUCUCCUGGUCAUCAUGCUGUCGGGAACACUAACUAUUCCAUGGUGGCAGUGGUUCCUGACCCGGUUUGGGAAGAAGACAGCGUUUUACGUUGGCAUCAUGUGGGCGGUUCCAUUCAUGAUCCUGGUCGUCUCCCUGGAGAGCAAUCUGAUCGCUUCCUAUCUGAUCUCUGUGGCUGCGGGCGUCAGCAUGGCGGCGUCUUUCCUUCUGCCCUGGUCGAUGCUUCCGGAUGUGGUGGAUGACUUCCAGGUUCAGAACCCAAACAUCCACAGCCAUGAAGCCAUCUUUUACUCCUUCUAUGUCUUCUUCCUCAAGUUUGCUUCCGGAGUGUCUUUGGGCGUCUCGACACUCAGUCUGAAGUUUGCCGGCUACGUGACUGGAGCGUGUUUGCAGCCGGAGACAGUUGCCUUAACCCUGAAGGUCCUGGUCGCUCCGGUGCCCAUAGUUCUGAUUGUGGUGGGACUGUUGAUAUUUAAGACCUACCCCAUCGACGAGGAACGCCGACAAUUCAACCGCAAAUUCCUGCAGGAGAUGCUGGAUUCUGAAUCUGAACCUCGUGAGACUGACCUAUAGCUCAGCGGACAAAUGGUCAGCGCUGACUUACGGCCCGGAAGGAGGGAUGUGAUCAGGAGCCGGACCAGCCAGCUGCACUACGGAAUCCAUGUGACCUGAGUCGAACAGGCUGCACUCAGGUUUACAAGGCCCCCUAGUGGGCAGUCUGUGUCAACUCGUAAUUUCACUGACGAGUAUUUUUCAUGUUGUCGUCUGUGUGCAGCUGUUAAACUGUUUAUACAGAAAAACAGUGAAAACUCAGAAUUGAAGUAGAAGUUAAAAAAUAA